AUGGCGGACAAACUUCGCGCCCAGCAACAGCUCGAACAGCUUCAGCAGCGUUAUGUUGGUACGGGACACGCUGAUACAACAAGAUUCGAAUGGACGAGUAAUAUCCAGAGAGAUUCGUAUGCGUCGUACGUGGGUCAUCCACCGUUGUUGAGUUAUAUGGCGAUUGGAAUGGGUAGUCCGAGGGAGAUUGUUAGGAAGAAUAUGAUCGAGAAAAUGAUUCAACCUGUUGGGAAACCGCCCGAGGUGCAGGAUUAG